AUGGGUUCUGUUACCAACGCUGAGAUUCCAGGAGGGUUCUUGAAGCCUGUAGAAGACUCCUCGGAGUCUCCUAAAAGUGGGGAGUACGAGACCUUUCAAGGAGCAGGGGUUUGCAAAUGGUUCAAUGUUAGAAUGGGCUUUGGUUUCCUCACAAUGACCAAGAAGGAAGGAGCUGAGCUGGAGACACCUGUGGAUAUCUUUGUGCAUCAGAGCAAGCUGUACAUGGAAGGUUUCCGCAGCCUGAAGGAGGGGGAAUCUGUGGAAUUCACUUUCAAAAAAUCAUCAAAAGGCAUGGAGUCCACCCGAGUAACAGGGCCAGGGGGUAACCCGUGCAUUGGAAGUGAGAGGCGACCAAAAGUAAAGGGACAGCAGAAAAGGAAGCCUAAGGGAGACAGAUGUUAUAACUGCGGAGGACUGGAUCAUCAUGCCAAGGAAUGUAACUUGCCACCACAGCCCAAGAAAUGCCAUUUCUGCCAAAGUACCAGCCAUAUGGUGGCACAGUGCCCAGAUAAGGCUGCACAGCCUGUCAUCUCACCAGGAAAACCUGCCACUGAGGAGAUGAGCACCACAGCUACAGAGUAG